AACAACCUGUUUUUUAGUAUUUUUGCUGGUGUUUUUGAUACAAUAAUUUACUUGUUGAGCAAACCACAAUAAGUGUUUCGAUACUCAAGUAAACAUGCCAGGUUGUGCAGCAGUUGGUUGCAACAACCGCAGCGAAAAGGGUUACACAAUGAAGUGUUUCCCUAGGGAUCCAGCCUUAAGAACAGUCUGGAAAAAAAAAGUUGGCAGAGCAGACUGGGAGCCAUCAAACAACUCUUUUCUUUGCCACGUUCACUUUGAUAAAAGCCAAUGGCUCAAUUCAUCAAAUGGAAAAAUAAGACUGAAAAAAGGUGCCAUACCUUCUAUCUUCACCGUAACUUCAACAAGAAAAUCUCCAAAGAAAAAACAAAAAGUACAUAAAGCUGUCGAAGAGGUCAACUUGGAUGAGUUUGAGGUAGAAUAUUUGGACAGUAGUAGUCCUCUGAUUCUUGGUUUGACUAAUCAAAAGUCCAUGCCCAAUAUUAUUAGCAUACAAUCUCAGAACGCUGAAAUCACUGGACAGAUUCUUCAAAACAUCAGCAUCUUGAGCAGCGACGCCUUCAAAAACUUACAAAACGAAAAUAUCAUCAUAGUGGCGGAUGAGCACAAUCGAGAAAUCGGCAAGAUAAUCAAAGAAAACGCGUUUUUUAUGCUGGAGAAUGCAAGAGACAAGGAAAACGUUCAGACAAAAUCAAAACCCGAAAAAUCCGGGGUUGUGAAGCAAGAGGUAGAAGUCAAGGAAGAGGUUCAAGAAUACAGCUCGUCGCAGCCAGUGGACUUUGAUGCAAUCGAGAAAAAUCUCCAGGCCAUCUGCUACGAAAGCGAUAGUAACAACAGCAAGGAUUCCUUUAGAAAAACAAGUGAUAAACCAAUGGAGGCAGAAAGCUCGUUUAGCCUGGAAGAAUGGGAAAACGCAUCCGACAGUGUAAAAGACAACUCAAACCAGGAUUUUGACUCUGAUGAGCCACUAUCUUCAAGAAUCGGUAUGAAGCGGAAACGAAAGAGCAAAACUAUAUCCCCAGAUAAAGUAGUAGCAGAAUCUCCAAGCAAAACUACGGGAGUGCAAAUGGAUAAGAGUGUAAGAGAUGUCAUCAAUGAUUUAGAAAUGGAAGACAGCGAAGAGUAUGAGGAGCCGCUAACGAAACAAGCUCUAGUCACGAAGAGCAAUCAGUCUAGUGGUGCGAGCAAAAUAAUUAUAAAAAAUAACGUUGAUUUGUCGAAAAACAAUUUAAUGCUGUUGCCUGUAAAUAACAAAAAAAAUAGUGUUGGUAACGUUAAAAAUGUAAAUAGUGUGAAUAAAUUUAGCGAACAGCAGUUAGUCUCCAAGUUGGAAGUGCAAGCUGAGGUCAUUCAAACGUUAACAAGUCAACUGAUCAUGUACAAAGAUAUGGAGAGCAAUGUAAAAACUUUGACUCACGAGUUAAAGCUCAAAGACAAGGAAAUCAAAGCACUUCAGGAUAAAGUUGCUAGCGAGAAGUUAUCGGAACACACAAGAUUUGACUCUUACGUGGAAGAAGCGAAAUCUGACUUGCAUGUAAGACUGAUGGAUUUGGAACGAGACGUGAAAAGCUUAACAAAGUCCAACAACGAGGAAAUAAAAAACCGUAGACUAUUGGAAAGUAAAGUUCGACGUAAAGAAAAUACUAUAAAAGAACUGAACUGGAAACUUGAAAAGGCAUCCAAGUUCCUUGAACGAUCCGAAAAAAACACAAAUAAUUAUAAAAAGAGGAUGUACGAAAUGCGGAUGAUUCUGAAGAAGCAGAAGUUGUUGAAUGAAAAAAAUGCUGUAUUCGACAAACUUCUCACUUGCCACGCUGUUAAUGAGUUUACAGACGAAGUGUUAGAAGCAGCUUUGGACAUCAAGAGACUUUGUAGCUUGAAAGGCUACGAAAAACUGCUAGAGUAUAGGUUUCCCCUUCCAGCUUUGGAAAUCUUGGAUAAAAAGUUGUCAAAGGAUAAUGAAAAUCGCGCUAUUGUAACACACAAUACGCAUGUUAAAAGCGAAAGUGAAUCUGUUGAAAAAUUUGUUGAAGAUAACUGUGAAUCUGUUGAGGAUGUUAGUAAAACUGUACUUGAGGAUGACGAUGCAAAUGUUGAACCUCUUAAUAUUUCUAGUGAAACUAAUACUUCUUUAAAGAGUGAUCUUUCAGAAAAUAAACCUGCUGAAGUUAUCACUGAUGAAGAAGAUGAGGAUAUGAAAAUGGAGGAAGAAGUUGAAUAUUUGGAACCUGAAUUUUUGAAGAAACCAACUGACACUGUGGUACAAACUGUGCAGGAUAUUUUUGAUGAUUGUAGUGAUGGUGAGGACUUGAUUGAACUGAAAAAGCAUAUCAUGAAAGAGGUGUAUACUGAUGAUUAUAGGUAAAAUUUUUUAUAUUUUUUUUGUAUGCUUAAUACAUUACUAUCGUUUGU